AUGGCCUGGUACAAAAGCUUGGCCCCUGAGUCCAUUACGUCAUGGAGAGUCAUGAGGUCCAUGUUCACCCGGCACUUUACAGCUUCCCGUCGUCACCCCAAGACUGAGGCGACCCUUGAAGCCAUAGUGCAGAAGAAGAAUGAAACACUGCGCUCAUACAUCGAGCGAUUCAACCAGGAAGCUGUCGAGGUAGAUACCACCGAGCACAUGAAGAAGUAUCUCCUCGAGAGAGGUCUCUUACCCGGCAGUGAACUUAGCAGAGCCGUAGGGAUCGAGCCUCCCCGCACCUUAAACGAGCUCCUGCAUAAAGCCCAGGCCUACAUCAGAUACGAGGAAAAGCAGGUGGCACACAAUGCCCGCAGCGGACGUAACGCUGGGGAGACCGAGCACUCAAAACGCGAGGACACGAGCAUUUCCCGUCGCAACGGAGACAGACGAAGAGAAGAAAGACCUCGCGAGCUCCGGGAAGGAAGAGGCCCCGCGGGCAGAUAUAGCGAGUACACCUUACUGACAGCUCCUCGAGAGCGUAUCCUCGCAGAAUGUAUCAACUCUGAAUUUAAGCAGGGCAGGGUCAGGUUCCCAAAACCGUCUGCACCAAAGCCCCACACCGACAAAUCAAAGUACUGCCGGUUCCACAGAAGUCACGGACACGUGACCGAAGACUGCGUCCACCUGAAAGAUGCGAUUGAAAUUUUAAUCCAAGAAGGGCACCUGAAGCAGUACACGAGGAAGAACGAAGCUCCCAGACACGACGAGCCAGAGAAGAAGAGACCCCGGGAAAACACACCCCCCGACAACUCUCCCUAUCAAGUGGCCCUCUGCGUGUCACGACCGGAAGAUUUCUUCCCCCCCGAACCAUUGCCCGAGGGCAAGAUCACUGCACUCAGCCCCUGGGAAGACUUCCCUACCACACUGGUGAUAUCAGGAGGAGGAACUAACGGGGAAUCCGCGGCCCUCUCCGUCAAACGCAAGUUCGACGAACUCCUACUGACUGCCCCCGAGCAGAAAGCGACAUUGACAAAAUACCGGGGAAAAUCCAACCCAAUAUCCUUCUUCCUGGAGGAACUCCCGGGCGGAUCCCCGAACUCGGCCAUCCCACUAUUGAUUAGAGCAAAGAUGGCCAGAUUCGACGUACGACGCAUCCUGGUCGACGAAGGCAGCUCAGUGGAUAUCAUGUACGUCCACCUCUUCAAGACUCUGAAGCUAGACAAGACCAACUUAGCCCCCUACGUCGGAUCAGAUCUCCAAGGAUUCAACGGAGCAACAACCAGACCGUGGGGAUAUGUUGAGCUCCUCGUCACUUUCGGCGAACAAGAAACGGCCAGGGAAGUCAAAAUCCAAUUCCUGGUCGUAGACUGUCCGUCUCUCUACAAUUGCAUCUUUGGACGCCCGACGCUGGCCGAACUCACUGCGGUCCCAUCCACCGUCCACCUGAAGAUGAAAUACUACACCAAAUUGGGACGUGUGGUCACCAUCCAUGGUGACAUCGAAGCAGCCCGGCGAUGCUACGACGCCGCAGUAAAAGGACAGGCCGUAGUCAGCACGAAGAGCAACUGCAACAACAAAAAACUCAAGACCGAGGAUCCUGCCCGAGGAGUCAACGCCAUCGACCUCGACUGUCGCAUCGGGCUGGACGAGACCGGAGAGGGGAGGUUCCCCAAGGAACGCUCUCUCGAACACCCGGUCCGACCACUCCCCGACGGGGAGUUCGAACUCAUUCCUCUUGGGGACGAUCCGGAAAGGACGGUGAAGAUAGGUAAGGGACUACCCGAGGAAACAAGAGAAGAGCUAGUAGCAUGCCUCAAAGAGAACUCCGACCUCUUCGCGUGGAAUGCCGCAGAAAUGCCCGGGCUGGACCCCGAGAUCGCGUGUCAUAAGCUAGCUGUAGACCGGGCAGCCAAGCCCAUAGCACAGCGUAGACGCAAGCAAUCGCCCGAAAAGGCAGAGGCUGCCGAGCGAGCUGUAAAAGACCUCUUAGAGGCAAAUUUUAUUUCUGAAGCCCAGUACACAACCUGGCUCUCUAAUGUAGUCCUCGUUAAGAAAAAUAAUGGAAAAUGGCGUAUGUGUGUUGAUUAUACUGAUCUUAAUAGGGCUUGCCCGAAAGAUGCUUUCCCCCUCCCUAAUAUAGACUCGCUCGUUGACAACUCUGCAGGUUUUAAACUCUUGUCCUUCAUGGACGCAUAUAGUGGAUACAACCAGAUCCCUAUGUCGCCCGCAGACAAGAAACACACAGCGUUCAUGACCCCAACGGGCAAUUACUACUACAACGUGAUGCCGUUCGGGCUCAAGAACGCUGGCGCUACAUACCAACGCAUGAUGAACAAAGUCUUCAAGGACGAAAUAGGGGACAUGCUCGAAGUGUACAUGGACGGCAUGAUCGUCAAAUCACACGAGGAGGUAACCCAUGCUCGACACCUUACGAAGGUAUUCGAGCAGGCGAGACAGUGUAAAAUGAGGUUCAACCCCGAGAAAUGCACGUUCGGAGUCCGGGCAGGCAAGUUCCUCGGUUUCUAUCUCACCGAAAGAGGGAUCGAGGCCAACCCCGACAAAUGCCGGGCAUUCUCGGAGUUUCCGACCCCAAAAACAAAAAAUCGAUCCAGUCACUCAAUGGAGUGCUCGCCUCACUCUCCCGUUUCAUCGCCAAGUCCGCCCAGCACGCAUUGCCAUUCUUCAGACUCCUUCGCAAAGAGGCUACCUUUGACUGGACCGAUGAAUGCGAACAAGCGCUACUCCAUCUAA